GUCACAGGACAAUCACAAAAUGGAAAUCUAAAAUGUUUUAUUAUAGAAAUUCUGCGUAUAAAAAUGUAGUAACCCUACAACAAACACAAUGAAGACUACAUAUAUCUCUAGUUUCUUCCAUCUCAAUCACUUUGUUAAGAUAUGUGACCAAGAAUUACAGUAAUAGUUUAUAUUAAGGCAGAAAAUGUUUAAGGAUGACGAUGAACAUGGCGAGAAUGUAGUGGGUGCAGUCAGGUAUCCCUGCAUGCCUUCCUUGGUCGCACUUCAGCAGAUGCGCAACAGGCUCAACCUGGCAUAUCUAGGACGGAAACUGAUGAAAUGGACUGCACUGGCGACUGGCAGAGAACUGAGACGAUUGAGCGCUGAAAUAAAUGAAUGCUAUGAAAGUUUUGGUGAUGACAUGCGCAACGCUUUCUUACUUCUCGCAAGGAGUCGAUAUUUUUACCCAGAUUUGAAUCAAAUGGUAUUGGAAAAUGUGCAGAAUAAGGCGAACGUACGAGUGACUUCCACAACGAAGACUUUAUCCGGCGUCAAAGUACUUCAUUAUGACACAAUAGAGUCUGCACCUGGUCCUUACACUUAUCUGGGUAUCUCUAAAGGUGGGGAGAAAAUAAAAGAAACAAAAGAGGCAUGGCUGGAACUCAUCAAAAGAAUGAUUCUAAUGUUAGAACUGCGCUCAAGUUUCGCUCUAGUCGAAGCAGCUCACAAAAAUGCUACCAAGAAACAAAACGUAUUAGGUAAAGUCGUGGUGCCGAGGACACAAGCCAGCAUCGUUUACAUUAACGACGAACUGGAAGAAAUAGCAAGGGAAGAAUUUUUUAGAUUAAAAAAGAUCUUAGAAAUUAAAAGACGGGCAGUUCAAAUUUGCGACCAUGGGGAACCAGAUAAUUCUUGUGAAAUAUGUAAAAAAAAGCUAUUUAUACAAAAAGAAAAUUUAAUUGGAAAGUGUAUUGUUUGUAACGAUUUAUUACAUCUAGAAGAAGCUACAUCAUCGAAGACAGAAGAAAAAGUCACUGAUAAAGAGCUUUUGGAAUCAUUCAAAAGUCAAAUAGAAAAUAUCGUAAAUGUUACAAAAGACAUUGAAGACAGAGGUAUUAUUACGACCAGUGUAGAAGAGUUCCUGAAAACAGCAGUAGAAUUAAAGGAAAUGUUACAGAAAGAACCCGAAGACGGAAAUGCACUUACAGAGCCCAUAAUUUCAGAUAUAUCUGUAAAUAAAUUAUGUUCGGCAUGUUUGAAACGGUUUAAUGAAGAACAAACUUUGAAAGAGCAAGUUUCUGUGAAAUUAAUUACGGAAACUAAAACAAAACCGGAUAUAGUACAAUCGAAGUCAAGUAUGAAAUCAGCAAUUUCAGCAAUACUACCAGAAUUUGUGUCUCAAUCAAGAACAGAAACUGAUUUAGAGCUAGGUACAUUUGAAACUGAAAUAAAAGAGGUCAUAAGAAUAGUGAGAGUUAAAAAUGAAGAUGGUAGUGUUAUUGAAGACAAGAAGGUUAUUAAAAUAAAAAAGGAAGUACGGGCACCUUUAAAAGCUAAAAAUAUUCCCGAAGGCCGAAAUAAAGGAGGAACGAUAAUGUAUCAGUCAUCAGAUGUUUCUUCUACAUCUAAUGAAUUUUCUGGAUCGAAAACGGUUGGAAUGUUUGUUCUAGAUGAUACUAAAACCUCGCAAUAUGAACGUUCUAAGUUUUCUUUAACUAGUACUAUACCCCGCUCGGAUAUGUCGGUUUCUGAUAUUUUAUUUUCUAAUAAUACUUUUGAUAAAAAGUUUGACAAACUUUUAAAUUUAGAUGAGAAUAAUUUGUUUGAUUUGCGAUUGAAAGAACUUUUUAUUUCGAGUUCAGAUAUGGAAAACAUUUUAAAGUCGGUUGAGCUACAAAAUGAUAACACUGCUUCUACAUCAAAAGGACAUUCCUGUUCUGUUAUCAAAUCAAAGUUACCAAAUACAAUGUCAUUGAAUGGUUCUAAGAAUGAACAUUUAAAUUAUAAGUGUUAUAAAUCUGUAUCAGAAACUGAUAUUAGAAAAAACAAGGAAAUUAUAAAAAAGAGUAUAUCGUUUCAAAUAGAAAACAAGAAAUAUAGUGAAAAUAUGGAACCAAAAGAAGACUAAAUAUUAGAUAUUUAUAGUAGUUUAAUGGCGGAUAUAAAAUUGAAUCCUAUAUUUAAAUAAAUUAUUUAAUAAUAGACGCAUAACUGUAAUUAUUACUAAUUAUAGAAGUAGUCAUACACAGUAUACAAGUCACAGUAAAGUAUAAUAAUAGAACUUGAAUAAAUAGCAAUCAAAGAAGAACAUAGAAUUAAAAUUGAAAAAAAACAUCGUGCGAUAAUAAAUAACAAGACAAAUGAUAAUGAACCUA